UGUGAAGAAGCAGUGGAUGUGAAGAAGAGUAAACCCCGUGAAGCUGAUGUCCCCAGUGACCUUCGGAAAGAAGUAGAAAGUCAUUAUAAGCUGCCUUUACCUGAAGAUUUCUAUCACUUCUGGAAGUUCUGUGAGGAACUUGAUCCUGAAAAACCAGCUGAUUCACUUUCUGCAAGCCUCGGACUUCAGUUAGUAGGUCCUUAUGAUAUCCUUGCUGGAAAACACAAGUUGAAGAAAGAAUCCACAGGUCUAAAUUUCAACCUUCACUGGCGGUUUUACUACGACCCUCCUGAGUUCCAGACCAUAAUUGUUGGAGACGGUAGCACUCAGUUCCACAUGGGAUAUUUCAGGGAUUCUCCUGAUGAACUUCCUGUAUAUGUUGGUAUAAAUGAAGCAAAGAAAAACUGUAUAAUUGUUCAAAAUGGAGAUAAUGUGUUUGCUGCAGUCAAGUAAGAAAAUAUUUUAUUUAAAUUUCUCAUUUGUAACUGAAUAUCUGUUUACAAUUAGGGUACUGUUUUACUCCAUUACAAAGGGGG